CUGGCAUCCAACGCAACCUCCAAGCGUUGAACCUCACAGCAAUUGGCGAGCAAGCAACCAUGUCUCUACCUCGACUCCUACGGCCGCUGGUGCGGUCACACAUCCCUACCCCCACCGCCAGCAGCCCAACCACAGCACAUCUACCCUCCGUACCGACAAGAUCAUGUAUCGCUCGACGGACAUACGCCAUGCAAACGCCCGGCAACCCGGUGAUGGAGAUCUUCAACCGGCGGGUCAAGCACCUCCAGAAGGACCGAGCGGCCCAGAACGUCGAGGAGAGCCGGAAGACGGAUUAUAUUAAAGACGAGGUCGCCAGGCGAUUAUGCGAGCGAUUGCUGGACAUCAAACGCGACUUCCCGCAGGUCCUCGACCUCGGGGCCAACAGCUGCAACAUCGCGCGGGCGCUGACCACCCCACUGCCCGACGAAGGCUCGCCGACGGGCCAGGCGGAGCCGCUGGCCUCCCGCAUCUCGCACCUGACGUGCAUCGACACGAGCAGCGCGCUGCUCAACCGGGACAUCGACCAGCCGUUCAACCGAGCACUGCCGAUCACGCGGCAAGUCGUGCCGGAUCUCGAGACGCUGCCGUACGCGGAGAACAGCUUCGACGCGGUGCUGUCGUCGCUGAGCAUCCACUGGAUCAACGACCUCCCCUCGCUGCUGGCGCAGGUCAACCACAUUCUCAAGCCGGAUGCGCCGUUCAUCGCCGCCAUGUUCGGCGGCGACACGUUGUUUGAGCUGCGCACCUCGCUGCAGCUGGCCGAUCUGGAGCGGCGGGGCGGGGUCAGCCCGCAUGUCUCGCCGCUGGCGGACGUGCGCGACGUCGGCGGAUUGCUGAACAAGGCGGGCUUCAAGAUGCUGACGAUCGAUGUCGAGGAUAUCGUGGUCGAGUUCCCGGAUACUUUCUCCUUGAUGGCGGAUCUGCAGGCCAUGGGCGAGAGUAAUGCCAUCCUGCACCGCGAGAUGGGGCCCCUCGGCCGGGAGGUGCUGUUGGCGAACGAGGCGAUCUACCGUGAGCUGCAUAUGGAGGAGGGCGCCAGAGGGAUUCCCGCCACGUUCCGACUGAUCUAUAUGAUUGGGUGGAAGGAGGGCGCGGGCCAGGCGCAGCCACUGGAGAGGGGGAGUGGGCAGUUGAAUCUGAAGGAUAUUCUGGGGGGAGGGUCGUUUGAGCAGAAAUGAAACCCCCUCUUAAGUUCCCAGCCUUCCUAGCUAAAAAAGC